GAUUCUUCACCAACCAAAAGAUUUAGACCCUUGCUGACGUCUGUUUUUGUUCUUUAGCUGCACUUUUCUCAAAUUGGCUCCUACUGUGGGCUCUGCAACCAUAUAUAUUUCCUUUAUUACUGCCCUGAAUGAAGGAGGUUCUAAUAACAAACUGAGGUUUUUCGCUCUUGAGCUCGAGUCUUUCUCCCAUAAGGGAGGGAGGAGCUGGUUUUGGUGUUGAUCUUGGUGGUCGUGAUUUUCCAAGGAGUGAAGAAGCAUCAGUCCUUUGCAGCUCGCUGGUCAUGGACCAGCGAGCUUGACUUGUACAAAGAUGGACAUUAUAGUGGGGAUCUGUUUUGGUGCAGGGAAUCCGGACAAGAUUCUGCCUUCAAGUUUAUUUUUAUAUUUGAGAAAUAAGCUAUUUCUUGUACACUUUCUUAGAUUUUAGAACAUCAGCAUGACGGCUCCCCCUGCAGAGCUCCUAGCGGUCCCACAGGCGGCCCAUCAGCCCCUUGCCACAGAGCCCCUCACCCAUGCCAAUGACGAUGGGCUGACCUUCUGGCAGUUCAUGGCUGCGGGCUCAGUGGCCGGCAUGGUUGAGCACAUGGCCAUGUUUCCUGUUGACACUCUCAAGACACGCAUGCAGAUGCUUGGUUGCUCCCCUGCCUGUCCCGCCGCCUCCUCCACCCACAAUGCCAUCGGUCGUACCCUUGCCUCCAUCCUCCGCUCUGAAGGGCCCCUUGGCCUCUAUCGUGGUAUUGGUGCCAUGGGGAUUGGAGCUGGGCCUGCCCACGCUGUCUACUUUUCAGUGUAUGAGUUGAGCAAGGAGCGGCUCGGUGGCAACCGCCCUGGCCACCACCCCUUUGCCCAUGCAGCCUCUGGUGUGCUUGCUACCAUUGCCAGUGAUGCUGUCCUCACCCCCAUGGAUGUUGUGAAGCAACGCCUACAACUGCAGAGCACCCCCUACUUGGGGGUCAGGGACUGCAUGAUUCAAAUGCUCAGGAAAGAGGGCUUGCGUGCAUUCUAUACUUCAUAUCCAACAACUGUGGUCAUGAAUGCGCCUUUCACAGCAGUACACUUUGCAACAUAUGAGGCAGUCAAGAGGGUGCUUGGGGGGAUAUCUCCAGAGAAUGUCAGCGAGGAGAGGUUGCUUGUGCACAUCACAGCGGGGGGUGCUGCAGGUGCACUGGCCGGUGCUGUCACCACACCACUCGACGUUGUGAAGACCCGCUUGCAGUGUCAGGGUGUGUGUGGUGCUGAUACUUUCACUAGUGGCUCAAUUCGUAAUGCUAUUCAGCAGAUAGUGACAAAAGAGGGGCCCCAGGCUUUAUUGAGAGGGCUUAAGCCUAGAUUGCUGUUCCAUGCACCAGCAGCUGCAAUCUGCUGGUCCACGUAUGAAGGUUGCAAGAGCUUCCUUCAACAUGCGCCCUGAGAUUAAAGAAUCCCUUCCCAUUGUGAUUUAUUUUACAACUUUGAGGCCCAUUCGCUAUAGCUGUUGAGAGCUGUUUUCCCCUUCAUUUUGGCAUCUGGAAUUGUGUAAUUUAUGGUAUCUGCACUCCACCAUUGUUUCUCCUGGUUCAUCGAUUGUCUGCUGGCCAGUGUCUAAUAAUAUUGUACUGUCGCGGCGUAAGGGGAACUGAGAAAUUAGGGAAGAGGUUGUUAUGUCACAGCAGUUUUUUUUAAAGUUUAAAUUUUUACACUCACAA